CGGGUGCGCAGCAGGGUCUCAGCGGCUGAGGCGCCGGCCGCCCUGAGGCCCGGAGCAAGGCUGCCCCAGCGCCGCACCAUGGACUCGCGACCCGAGGAGUAUGAGCUCAAUGGCGACGUGCGCCCGGGCUCGCCUGGCUCCCCGGACGCCUCGGACUUGAUUCCUAGGCCACACCGCUGGGGCAGGAACCAGCCCAUCAACAUGAACCAUUAUGCCAAUAAGAAGAGUGCGGCCGAGAGCAUGCUGGACAUCGCACUGCUGUUGGCCAACGCCUCCCAGCUGAAGGCUGUCAUCGAGCAGGGCCCUGGCUUCGCCUUCUUCAUUCCCCUGGUGGUCCUCAUCUCUGUCUCCCUCGCGCUGCAGAUUGGUGUGGGCGUGCUGCUCAUCUUCCUUGUCAGGUAUGACCUCAACAACCCUGCCAAGCAUGCCAAGCUGGACUUCCUCAACAAUCUGGCCACCGGCCUGGUCUUCAUCAUCGUCGUGGUCAACAUCUUCAUCACUGCCUUUGGUGUCCAGAAGCCCACAAUGGACAUGGCACCCCGGCAGUAGGGGCUCAGAUGCCCCCGGAUCGUGCCUGGCCGCAGCUGCCUAGACCCAGGAAGCGCCUUGCCCUUGAGGCCCACCCUCCUGUGUGCGCAUUCUCCCAAACCGCCAUAGCCCAGGCUGGCCCCACUGGACUGCGUGCAAACAAGCCACACACGGUCAGGCCACUCUGGCCAGCACAGGGCCUGCUCUGCCCUCAGCUGCUCCUCCUCCUGCAACGUGGCACGGUGAGGCCCAGAAGACAGAACUGUAGAGUCCUCAGCAAGGGUCGUCGCUGCCGUGGACAUGCAGCAGGCCCAAGGAUGGGAGGGCAAGAGGCUGGUGCCGUCUCAGGACAUUUCCAGAGGGAUGAGGAGAUGCCUGCCCU